AUGGCCGAGGAUCCAGUAUGGGAAGAUUCGACGAUAGAUACAAUUAAUCCGAAUGUUUUCGUAAUGAACUUAAUGGUCGGUCCUAUUGCUUGGAAUCAAAAUAUUCGAGAUUAUUCAUUGAGAACAAUGCUCGUUCAAGGAAAUGCCUCCGGAGGAUGA